UGUAACAGGUCUCUCUCUCUCUCUCUAGAGGAGGAUCGUCACUUUACAAGAUGGAAAGGUUCGUGCUGAAGGAACUGCAAAUCCAUUGUCAAGGGAUGGGCAUGGGUUCAAGGUUGAUUGGGAAUGCCAGUCCAGAAUGCAAUUCCCCAGUGGAACAGGCUCCUGCAGCUGCCGUGCUAGAUUUCACCAUAACACGUCCAUUACCUGGUGGUGGAUUGGAUCUUCUCUCACGUGGAUCUUCUGCUGCUUCUGAUCUGAAAGGCAGUAACAUUAAUAUUCCUGUCAACAACUUGCUCAAAUCCUUCCCGCAACUGAUCAGCCACGAUCAUCAUCAUCAUCAUCAUCAUCAUCAAUUACCAGCAGAACCAUCCAGCUCUAAUUCAUCAGCAGCCACUUCACAAUUCCCAAAUCUUGAUUUGUUCCCAAAUCCUUCAUUUUCUAUGCCCCAACUUGGCCAAAGUGAGCUCCAAACAGGGGUUGAAGUUGAGUGGCUUAGCAAGAUCAACAGCAACUUGCCCAAUAAUUAUCCCUCUAAAGGCUUGAUCAGUGAUUACUGGAUCAGAACCACCAAGACUCAGCCGAUGAAGUAUGCCGGAAGAAAAUUAUUGCAGCAGCAGCAGCCUCGCAAUCUCCACAACAAGACUUCUUUCUCAUCCCAGCAGGGAAAGAUAUAUAGAGGAGUGAGGCAAAGGCACUGGGGAAAGUGGGUUGCCGAGAUUAGGCUACCGCGAAACAGAACGAGGGUUUGGCUGGGCACCUUCGGCACAGCAGAAGAGGCUGCUUUUGCAUAUGACACUGCAGCUUACAUUCUAAGAGGAGAUUAUGCGCACUUGAACUUCCCAGAUCUAAAGCAUCAACUUCAGGCCAGCUCUGCAAAUGGUGCCACUGCUGCGCUGCUUCAAGCCAAGCUACAAGCAAUUAAUGAAAAUAAUAUGAAGGCCGUAGAUGAUCAUCCACAACCAAGCCAGAUUAGUCCAACCAGAAGGGAACAGUUAAUUAAGUUUGAGUUGGAGAAUAAGGUUGGAACUGACGAGAAGAUUGAAAAGAAGAAUAAUCAGCAGCAGGAGGUAGUUCCAGAUGUUGUUGAUCAUGCAUUUCAACUAAGUAGAAUGCCAUCCUUGGACUUGGACAUGGACAUGAUUUGGGAUGCCCUUCUAGCUAGUACUUGAUUCAUGACAUAUGUGCCGCCUGUCAUUAAUGAACCAUCAUUCACAUAUUUAGGCUACUUAAUUAGAUUCUUCAAGUGGUUAUGAUUGAUUACUUCUUGGUAUGUUUGACAAAGAAAAACAACCAGACUUUGGAUUUAAGCCGGUGAUGAUGAUCAGUUUGCUCUCUCUGUAGAUGAGAUGACUAUACUUUAGUACUCUCCCAAUCUUUUCCAUAGUGUUAAUUUUUUGAUAAAUAUUGAU